AUGGAAGACCACCCAGAUCUCGUUGUCUCUGUCGGUCUAGGCACAACUUUCACAGGUGUGGCCUGGAUGAGACAUGGAAUUCAUAUACAAAUUGUCAACGACUGGCCCGGUAGCGACGACAGAGGCGAUCGAAAAGUCCCCACGGCCACCGUAUACAACGCCGACGGAAGCAUAUCAUCGUGGGGAUUCAUGUGUGCUGACGAUGACCAUGAUCCAAGCAAAACUCGCCGCGAGUUCUUCAAGAUCUUCUUGGACCCAGACACACUUGAGGCAGCACAACAACAGGGCCUGACAAAUGUUCCUCGAAGCACUGGCGAGGCUCGCCAAUUCGUGACUGAUUACUUGAAACUGAUAUAUGCGCACGUUAAAGACAGUAUAGAGAUCCGUAUGGGCAUAGGUGGUUGGGGAACAUUGUCCGUACUGUUUCUAUUCAGCGCUCCAACGACUUGGACUAGUAUGGCCGUUGUUAACGCAUUCAAAGGCGCCAUACACGAUGCUGGUUUCGGAACUGAAGGAUCCAGGCAUUCAGCAUUAGUUGACCUCACAGAAUCUGAGGCUGCAGCCGUCGCGACUCUAAAGACAGGAGCCGUGAACCUCCGUGCCAACAGCAUUUUUCUAACCGUCGACGCAGGUGGAGGUACCACUGAUCUAGCUCUGAUGCGAGUCCAGUCGACUGAUUUCAAUUUCCCACAGCUGUCGCAAGUUACUGCUGUCAGCGGUCUUGGUGUUGGCUCGACCCUCAUAGACCGCGCAUUUGCUAGGCUUGUCUCGCAAGAAUGGCUACGAAUCCCGACUUCAGAUUGCCUACCGAUUCUGCGGCGCGCAUGGCCCGGAGUCCGGGAUUCAAGAGUGUGA